AUGCUCGAAGAUACGAUGCUUUUGUCUGAUGGAGGACUCGGCACUACUCUAGAGGAUCGCUUCCACCUCCCAAUCUCGCACACCCCAUUGUGGUCCGCUCGUAUCAUCCUAGAUGCGCCAGAUACCCUGCAACAAGCUCAUCUUGCAUUUCUAGAGGCUGGAUCGAGGGUCCUCCUCACAGCGACCUACCGGGCUGCAUUCGAAUCAUUCGAUCGUGCAGGGUACUCCCACGAAAUCGCUACCGAGGCCAUGCGUAACGCCGUUCACAUAGCGGACAAAGCCAGACGUCAGUUUUGUAAUGAACACCUUGAUGUCAGCCCGAAGGACAUCAAUAUCGCUCUCUCGCUUGGACCCUUUGGCGCUAUACUUGCCCCUAUGCAAGAUUUUGGUGGAAUCUACCCCCCUCCUUACGGACCCCGUGCGUACAGCGACUCGGAGGAAAAUAUGACCUCCUUCGGCGAUGAUAUCGAAGGGAAGAACAACUCUAUAAAAGCGUUGACACGCUUUCACGAGGAUCGAAUUCGGGUGUUCACGUCUGAUAAAGAGACGUGGGACAAGGUCGAUUUUGUUGCGUUUGAGACAGUGCCGGUGGUGAGAGAGGUGGAGGCGAUCAGGCAAGCAAUGAAUCAUAUGAAGGAGAGCAUCAGUCCCAAACCUUGGUGGAUUACCGCGACCUUUCCUGAGGGCAAGUAUCCAGACACUCGGCAACCUGGAGGGCACCACUUUACGGCUAGCGAAGUCGCAAACGCUAUGAUUCGCAGCGAUGACAACAUGCCAGUACCAAACGGUAUUGGAAUCAACUGCACAGCGCUCAGGUUCAUUCCGGAGUUACUACGAGAAUUUGAACGGGUGGUGGAUGGAAAUAAGAGACGGUUCCUUGUUUUGCACCCCAAUGGAGGAGGCGGAUUUGAUUUGUCUACUCAAGCAUUCCAAGAGCCUGGGGAGAGUGAUCGGUGGGCAGAGGAUUUGGCCUGUAUCGUCAAAGAGGCCAAAGGGAGGGCCUGGAACAAGAUUAUCUUCGGUGGUUGCUGCAAAACUGGGCCAGGUGAUAUCAGGGCUCUGGGGGCGGCGAUGUGA